UUGCUCCCGAGCCCCUACCGCCCCCACUGCGCAGCCCGCGACCGCGUACUCCUCUGGACUUCGCCCUACGCACUCGCCAUGCAGGUACAACUAGAUUCUUACCUACCACUCCAGUCGCAGAGCGAACUCGUGCGGCAAGCCCUCUCCGGUCUCGAGCCCAGCACGAGGGAGGGCUAUGGUUCGGGCCUCUUGCACUUCCACGUCAUGUGCGACGCGACCGGUGUCCCGGAAGACGCGCGCAUGCCCGCUUCACAAGCGCUGAUCUCAUCCUUCAUGUCGCAAUUCCCCGGGAAGCUCACCGACUCCACCGUCAAGAACAUGAGCUGCGGCCUCGAGCUCUGGCACACCAUCAACCACGCCCCGUGGUACGGCGAUUCGCACCUGGUCCGCCUCGUCAAGCGCGCGGUCACGAAGGCGGGUGUCGCCCUCAAGCGGCCUCCCCGCCCACCCGUCUUACUCGCCCACCUCCGCGCGCUCCGCGACUCCCUCAACCUAGACCUCCCGCGCGAUGCCGCGAUCUUUGCUUUGGCUCUUGCCGCGUUCUGGGGCUGUCGCCGCCUAGGCGAGCUCGUCCCCGAGUCGGCGAAGAGCUACGACCCUACCCGCCACCUCCCGUGCGGUACCGCACGCGAGCAUACUACCUUCCGCGGCCUCGACGCGCUCACGUUCCACAUCCCCUGGACGAAGACUACGGGCGUCGCCGGCGGCUCCCUCAUCCUCACCGCGCUACCCGACGACGACCCGUUAUGCCCCCUCAAGGCAUACUACAACCACCUACGCCUCUCCGUCGGCAUGCCUCGCUCCGAGUCGUUCUUCGCAUACUUCCUCAAUGACGGCUCUGUCCGUCGCCUUACUAAGACCGACGUGGUCGGCGCCUUCAACGCGGCGGCCGCCCACGCGGGCCUCGCCCUCAUCCUAGGCCACAGCCUACGCAUUGGCGGCAGUCUCGAGUACUUACUCGAAGGAGUGGAGAUUGAGAUCGUCAUGCAGCUGGGGGGCUGGACGUCCUCCUGCUUCCUUAUUUACUGGCGUCGUUUGGACCUUGUUAUUCCCCAAGGAGUUAUUACCGCGCGCGCGCGCGCGCUCGCAUGGAUGAGUUCGCGCGCUGUCACCCAGUCAGCCAAGCGGACUCCAUACUCUCCUCUUACGCACAACGUUAAUUGCAUAUCAUUCCCUUCCUCACCCGCGUGUACCCAAGACGCGUGA